AUGGCGGAUGAGUCGACAAAAACGAACGAAGAAACUUUAACCGAAAAACCGACCUGUACGUUCUUUAAAAAGGCAAAUAAGAACCGUAACGUUCGUAAAAGAAAAGUGGAAAAGUCGGAUAGUGAGGACGAUGACGAAACCACGGUUAUCAGAAAAGAAAAAAAGACAAUUUCUAACCCGAUGUUUCAGAAGACUGAAGGAUUCGGUUCGAAAUCAAAACGUGAAGCAGACGAAGAAGAUAUCGAUGUAUCAUUUAAGUCGACUCGUUCUGCUAUGAGCAUUGGUCCGCAGGAUCUUGGUGCAACGGCAACCGUGGAGAUUGAUACAGAGUUUGAUCGGGAUGCCCAAGCUCUGUUUGAGAAAAAAUUAAAGACGAAUGAAGAGGUAAAAGAGCAAGGAAACAAGGAUGACAGGAAAUACCGAGGGUUAAAUAAUUACAUGACUUACUAUGAGAAGAAAGGAACUGCACAGGGAAAUGCUUCCAGUGGAAUGGUCAGGUAAUUAAAGUUCGUCUACUUUAAAGUGCCCCUAACCCUUUAAUUUGUUUUCUUUUGGCAGAUUUCCAUAUCUUUCAAGAACUCAUUGUCGAAAAAUUUUUCAGAAAGAUUGAAUCCUUUUUUUUUUACGAGCGCUAAAAGUUACUGAAAUUUUUUAAUUUUUGCACGCUAUGAGCCCCGCUGGACAAAUUUUUGUCUUGUGGGCUCAUUAGGAACGAGCCAAUGAGAAGUGUCUGAUAUUUGACACUUUUUUAACUGUGACUUAAGAAAAGGACACUAUUCCAUUCUUCGGUGGACUUCAGGCCUUGGAUCGGUAUCAGAAGGAAUCUUAUGCAUGCUGAUUCCUUUCUCUUUAUUUCGAGAGUUGCUGCAUCCAAAAACCACACAUUUUUUAACCAUUUUCUCUGUUUAUUUUAACGAGUGUUUAUAUGUGAGAAAAAAGUUUACCCCUUUGCCCAAGCAAAAAUCACUUGCACAUUCUUUGAUUGUCGAAAACAGUGCUUGUGCAUGCCCAGAUUGUUUCACCCUGGCUGAGUUGAGUCAUCUUGGUCAGCCAAAGUGUUUAUGUGGAGGAAAGUUGGCCCAACUAGAAGGGUCACCCUUCUAGCCAACCCACAUGUAAAUGGUUUGCCAUGUUUUUUAGGAAAAUGUCACCCAGGGUAGCUUGGGUAGACAUAUUAACAAAACCUGGUUUCCAUAAUGAUCGUCCUGACCGUCCCAGUCGUCUCAAAUAAUGUUCAGAUGAUCAAGACAAUCAUAUGGAAACACUACCAAGACAAUAGCAAACAACCCGAAUGACUGAGACUAACUCAAUCGCUUGGAUAGAAUUUAGUUCUAUCACAACAAUCGAGUAAAUUUCAAAGUGAUCAUUAAUAUGGAAAUGCUCUCAGAUGACUGAGAUGAUGAGGACAAUGGAAGGCUAUCCCAGAAAUAAUCAGUAACUGGGAAUAAAUUUGGCCUGGACACCACUUAAAUAAAAAAAAAUAAUACAAAAAUGUCUGCACAAUGUGUGGGCGCUUUUUGAAAAAGAGAAAGUCCAUUCCAUCAGGUUCUUGACGUGAUAAUAUGUCUUCGUGGAACUCUUCUAGCUUGUCUAAGCCAAAAAAUCAAGAGAAAAAGCAGAUUGCUAGCCAUGAGGAUUGCUCUCCAUAUUAUUGAAAUCCAUCCUAGAUGUCACGUUAACCGGAAUUGGACUUUUAUUUCCUUGGGCAGUGAUUUUGCCCUUAUUUUUGGGGCAAAUCGACUCUAUAAAGCAAAGAUACUUAGCAAUACAAAUUUGUUCCUGUCAAAGCAUUUAACCCAUUAAGCCCCAAUAUCCACAAACAAAUUCUCCAACUGAUCUCUAUACAUUUCCUUACAGAAUUAGUUGGGAGAAAUUGAUAAAAGAUCAGAGAUUUUUCUCUUUAUGAUCAUUUGAUUAAUUCUCAUAGAUGUUGCACUUGACAAUCUAUGGAUAUUGUUAGGAGAAAAUUGAUGUUCGUCACUAUUGGGACUUAAAGGGUUAAAAGGGGAAAAGGCCUCACUUGAACUGGUUGGCGUGUGCUGCUCAAAAACGUCUUUGCUUAACCCUGUAAAUCCCAGUAGUGACCAAGAUCAUUUUUCUCCUAACAAUAUCCAUAUGCUGUCAAGAGAUAAGUUAUGAGAAUAAAUAAAAUGAUCACCCAAGAGAAAAUGCCUUGAUAUAUCAUCAAAUUCUCUUAACUACUUCUUUAAGGAAAUGUAUGGAGAUUAGUUUGGAAAAUUUGUAUGUGGAUACUGGGGCUUAACCCUUUAAGUCCCAAUACUGACCAACAUCAAUUUUCUCCUAACAGUAUCCGUACAUUGUCAAGAGAUAAGGUUAUGAGAAUUAACAAAGAUUACCAAAGAGAAAAUGCCUUGAUCUUACAUUAAAUUCUCUCAACUAAUUUUUAAAGGAAAUGUAUGGAGAUCAGUUUGGAGAAUUUGUAUGUUGAUAUUGGGACUUAAAGGGUUAAACACCCUAUUAUGUUUGGCUUGUUCGCAAAACUAACUAAAAUUCCAUUGUCCCACCCAGAGACAUCGCUGACGAGCAUGUGCAUCUCUUGUCUUUGAGGCGAUUGAGACAGUUAUAUGGAAACUACUGAUCACCCCAGUCAUCCAGAUCAUCUCAAAUUUUUUUGAAAUGACUGAGACGAUCCUGACAAUCUGAAUGAUCAUAUGGAAACCAGGCUUAAAUAGUCACAUCUUUCUGGUGCUAUAUCUUUGCACUCCUCAGACAUACAGUGUAUCACUUUCACAAAAUGUGGGAAUUAAGCUUUGUGUGAUAUGAGCCUUCCAUACAACAAUCACAUCUUUCUCAGGCACACCUGAGUAACUCUCCAUCAGCUUCAUAAGCAUCUACUUACCGGUAAUUUCUUUCAGACAAGGACCAAUCAGGGCACCAGCAAACCUUCGUGCAACAGUUCGCUGGGAUUAUCAACCGGACAUCUGUAAAGACUACAAGGAAACAGGUUUCUGUGGCUUUGGUGAUAGCUGUAAGUUCAUGCAUGAUCGCAGCGAUUACAAACACGGCUGGCAACUGGAGCGAGAAUGGAAAGAAGGGAACUACAGCAAACAAGACCCUCAUGCAUAUGAAAUUGACAGCGAUGAUGACGAUGAUCUUCCAUUUGCGUGUUUUAUUUGCCGUGAGUCUUUCAAAAAUCCAGUUGUUACGAAGUGCAAACAUUACUUCUGUGAAGCGUGUGCUCUUAAGCAUUACAGAAAAAGCAAAAGGUGUUAUGUUUGCGGUGUGCAAACCAAUGGAGUUUUUAACCCUGCAAAGGAACUUAUAAAGAAACUGAAAGUUUUAGAGAAUGAGGAGAAGGAGAAGGAUCAAGAGGCUGAUGAGGAAGAAGACUAG